UGCCCCGUGCCCUCUCCCAAAUCCAGAUCAACCCACACCACAGCAACAUCAGCAGCAACCCUCCCGUCAAGGAGAACGGAGUUGAGCGCGAGUGCGUGGCCGAGCACAGCCACGAUAAAGAAACACAAGAUCGCGACGCCGAGAUUCCCUCCGGAUCCCGCCACCGCAGCCCGAAUCUCCGUGGCCGCCCCGCAGAUUCCCUCCGCGUUGGACCAUCGGCGCCGCCUGCCGUCAAUUCCGGCGCCCUAGCUAGCGGGUCCGCUGCUAUUCCUCGUACAGGAUUCGUGGUGGGUCGGACCUUCCUCCCCCCCCCCCCCCCCCCCCGGCCUAGCGGGUUGCUGCGGGGUGCGUCGCUUGGAAGCGAGGGCGGAAUCAGGUGCGGCGAGGGGGGCUGUGUUGGGCGGUGGUGGCUUGGCGAGGGGACUGCUAGGGUUGGGGUGGGUGAUUGGUGGUGGGGCUGCGAGGGAGGCGAGGGAUGGUGGGGCUCGGGGCCGCGGCGGGGAUGGCGGCGGCGCUGGGCGACCCGCCGGCGGACUACGCCUCCAUCCCGGCGGUGGGGCUGUUCGUGGCGCUCAUGUGCGUCUGCAUCAUCGUGGGGCACCUGCUCGAGGAGAACCGCUGGAUGAACGAGUCCACCACCGCGCUCUUCAUCGGGCUGGGGACGGGAGCGGUCGUCCUGUUCGCGUCGAGCGGGAAGCACUCGCGCGUGCUGAUGUUCAGCGAGGAUCUCUUCUUCAUAUACCUGCUGCCUCCGAUCAUAUUUAAUGCAGGGUUCCAAGUAAAGAAGAAACAGUUCUUCCGUAAUUUCAUUACUAUUACACUAUUCGGUGUAGUUGGGACCUUGAUCUCUUUCACUAUAAUAUCUCUUGGUAGGUUUUCUCCCAAAUUUCAUUUCUACCUUGUAUGUCAGUUUCUAUCUGCCUCACUCGCUUGUUUGUUCACAGGUGCUCUAGGACUAAUAUCAAGGCUUGAUAUUGGUGCACUCGAGCUUGGAGACUAUCUUGCACUUGGGGCAAUAUUCUCGGCAACGGACUCUGUAUGCACAUUGCAGGUGUUAAGCCAGGAUGAGACACCCUUCUUGUACAGUUUAGUGUUUGGUGAAGGUGUUGUCAAUGAUGCGACAUCAGUUGUGCUGUUCAAUGCAAUCCAGAACUUCGAUCUUGGCGAUAUUAAUACCGCCAAAUUACUAAAAUUUAUUGGCAGCUUCCUUUAUUUGUUCAGCACCAGCACCAUUCUUGGAGUAGCCGCUGGACUUCUCAGUGCUUAUAUCAUCAAGAAGCUGUACUUUGGCAGGCAUUCGACAGAUCGUGAAGUUUCCAUUAUGAUGCUGAUGGCUUACUUGUCAUACAUGCUAGCUGAAUUGCUUGAUUUGAGUGGAAUCCUCACAGUGUUCUUCUGUGGUAUCGUAAUGUCACACUAUACCUGGCAUAAUGUAACAGAAAGUUCCAGGGUCACAACCAAGCAUGCCUUUGCGACGUUAUCAUUUAUCGCUGAGACUUUUCUAUUUCUCUAUGUUGGCAUGGAUGCAUUGGAUAUAGAGAAGUGGAAGAUUGUCGGUCAAACUUACAGCCCAGUAAAGUCUGUUGCCUUGAGCUCCACCAUUUUAGCCUUGGUGUUGGUUGCAAGAGCUGCUUUUGUUUUCCCACUAUCCCUUCUAUCAAAUUUGACCAAAAAAACUCCAGAAGGAAAGAUAUCUUUUAAGCAGCAAGUAAUUGUUUGGUGGGCGGGGCUCAUGAGAGGUGCCGUGUCCAUUGCAUUGGCUUACAAUAAGUUCACAAGAUCAGGCCAUACUCAGCAACCUAGCAAUGCAAUCAUGAUCACCAGCACAAUAAGUGUUGUUUUUUUCAGCACCAUUGUCUUUGGACUACUGACCAAGCCACUUAUCAGGCUCUUGAUUCCGCCAAGGCACCUAUCCAGGGAACCAAGCGCUCUUUCCGAACCGUCCAGCCCAAAGUCCUUCCUUGAGCAUCUGGCUGCGAACAAUCCUGGUCAUCCAGGUCUUGAGAACGGCAUAAGCCUCCGCCGCCCGUCAAGCCUCCGCCUGCUCCUCACGAGCCCAUCACGGUCAGUCCACCAUUACUGGCGCAAGUUUGACGACGGCUUCAUGCGACCUGUGUUUGGCGGCCGCGGCUUCGUCCCCUUCGUCCCUGGCUCGCCAACUGAGAGCAGCGUGCCGCUACUUGCAAGAAACGAGAACUGAAACCAGCACAGCAAGAGGGUGAAAUUCAGAAAGCUUUUGUAAAUUAGCUUCGUUUAGUAUAUUUUUUUGAGGGAAGCUUUAUUUAGUGUAAUUGGUGUAAAUCUGAGGUGGUAGAUUUACGUGGUACCUGGUACACGCUGAUGUAGGCUAGUUGCCUUACCACAUGGAUGUACAUAUCAACACGACAACUGCUGUUCAGUACACGUUCUUAAUUAAUUUGUAUUUAUAUAUUACGUGUAUUGGAUUAAAAAAAUA